AUUGCUUCUAUAUGCAUGUUAUAGCUGGUUAAUAGACACAUGGUAUAGCUUAACCCUAGCCAUAAAUAACUUAAUGCCCACUUAAAAAUUUCAACGUCUGACAGCUUAAAGACAGCUUCAACAUCUUCUGCCAGGAGUCAAAAUGGAUGACCGUAGGGAAAGCAGAAUACCACGCCCGGGCUUUGGUGGUGGCUUUGCUGCGGGAGCCAAGCCUCUCGAGACCAGCCGGAAUGCUAACACAUCAGCGGCUGGUGGUCUAGAUCGCAAGCGGAAGGCCGAGGCUCCUGCAGAUAUGACCGAGACGAAGCGCCCUAACUUCUCGGCGAGCCAGGGGCCUGCACGGCCAACGCGCUCUAACACUACCGGUGGGCGCUCAACCUCUCUCCAGCAAGGUGCAUCUGCGAGAGCAGGACCGAGCCACGGUCAACCUGCAAACCAGCUGCCACCCGUAAUGGAGGAAGAGGGAUGGGACGCGAUCAGGGACAGGACGGGGCAAAGCGAGGAACAAGUCCUGGACAAGGUCGCAACCUUUAGUAAGGGCGCCAAGCCUGAGCGGAAGGUGGAGGCCUACAUUUCCCUGGUAAAGGAGAUGAGGGCCCUAGCUAAGCACCUCAAGGUGGCCCGUGACCGGCUCGCCGAGGAGUCUGAGCAGUGGAAGAAGAGCAGCGAGGAACUGUCUGAGAAGGUGGAGGAGACGCAGCAGAAGAUGGCAGAGCUUGCAGGCUUGCUAAGCAACCUGGAGUCGCGCAAGGACGAGCUGGAGAAGUUACUGGCGGAGAAGGAGCAGACCGUGGCGUCGUUGCACAUGGACCUGCAGGGCCUCAAGGCCGAUUUGCAGCGGGCCACUCAGCAGCUGGAGGACUGCAAUCGCAAGAAUGCGGAGCUCGAGGAGAGCUGCCGCACCAACAUGCAGUACAACAGCCAGCUGCAAGGCUACAACAGCCAGCUGCAGGCGCAGGUGGAGGCUGAGAAGGUGAAGCGUGACGAACUGCAGCGCGCCAAGGAUGAGCUGCAAGGCCAGGUAGCGCGGCUCACCGGCGACUUCAGCAGCACGAAGAACCAGCUGGCCCUGGAGCGGGAACAAGUCGGCAAGAUGCGUGAAGAGCGCGAGGCUGCGGUGCGAGACUUGUCCACGCUGCGCCUUGACAUUGACAACAUGCGCGUGGAGCGUGAGCGCGCCCUGGCGGAAGCCGCUAAGGCGAAGGAGGACCUUGAGAAGCUCCGGGCCGUUGGCGGGAGGAGCCUCGAGACGCUCGAAACGCUGACCAAUGAGAAGGCGACCAUGGAAGCCCAGAUGACGCUGCAGCAAAAACUCAUCACCUCCAUGCGCGAGGAGCUCGCCGGCGCCAAGCAGGGGCAGGCCAUGUCGGAUGCGCAGGCUGAAACUCGAGCCGCACAAAACGCUGAGCUGAAGGCGCAAGUGGAGAACCUUCAGACGGCGCUAGCGGACGCGGAGCGCCGCAUCUACGAGGGCGAGCUCAUGCGCAGGAAGCUUCACAACAUCAUCCAGGACCUCAAAGGCAACAUCCGCGUCUACUGCCGAGUACGGCCCGUCAGCUCGGCGGAGGCGGCCGACUCGUCGCACGACUCGGAGAUGUCGCUCGACUUUCCCGCCACCGGAGACCUGGUGGAGCGCGGCCUCACUGUCACGGUCCCCAGCAGCUCCGCCGGCCAGGCCCCGCAGAAGCACAACUUCGCCUUCGACCGGGUCUUCCUCCCGGGCACGACUCAGCAAAAUGUGUUUGACGAGAUCUCGGAGCUGGUCCAGAGCGCGCUGGACGGUCACAAGGUCUGCAUCUUUGCCUACGGGCAAACCGGCAGCGGAAAGACGUUCACGAUGCUAGGCAAUCGGGAGCAGCCUGGCGUAAUUCCGCGCGCAAUGAAGCAGAUUUUUGAAAACGGGCAGAGGCUGGCGGCGCAGGACUGGCACUUCAACAUGCAGGCCAGCAUGCUAGAAAUCUACAACGAGGAUAUUAGGGACCUGCUCAGCCGGAAGAAGGACGAGUCCAAGAAGCACCAGGUGUCGCACGACAGCAACGGCGUGACCACCGUGAGCGAGCUGACCGUGGUCGACAUCAACCGGCCGGAGACGGUGGAGCAGCUGCUGGCCCAGGCCAUGGAGAAAAGGUCCGUGGGCUGCACCGCACUCAACGAGCAGUCCUCCCGCAGCCACAUGGUCUUCAUCAUGCGCAUUGAGGGUCACAACAAGACCACGGACGUCAAGGUGUCCGGUGUCCUGAACCUGAUCGACCUGGCGGGGUCUGAGCGCGUCAAGGAAAGCGGUGCCACAGGAUUGCGCCUGAAGGAGGCGCAGGCCAUCAACAAGAGCCUCAGCUCACUCGGCGACGUCAUCAUGGCCAUCGCUAACAAGCAGGAUCACGUCCCCUUCCGCAACUCGAAGCUGACCUACCUGCUGCAGCCGUGCCUGGGAGGCGACGCCAAGACCCUGAUGUUCCUCAACGUUGCACCCACGCGCGAGUUCGCACACGAGUCGUUGUGCUCCCUGCGGUUUGGCGCGAAGGUGAACGCGUGCGAGAUCAACGCGCCUAAGAAGAACGUCGUAGUGCCGCGUGGUUGAUGCGUGCGGCAUUGGUGGCAGGACCAUGACAAGACAUGGACAAGUGAGCUGCAGGCAUGCAGACAUACUUGGAAGUUCGUCUCACCCUAAAUGCUGACGUCAACAACUUACCCUUACAGCAUUAAACGCCAUGACGUGAUGGUCGCCCUCGCGCCUUCCUAAUGCAUCCCAUAGCUGUGAUUCUAGGUGGUUUGGGGUUUGCCACCCUGUACAUAGGUACUGUGAAUGUGUUUGCUUUACUGACGUUCUGUGGUCGGACGCGCGCACAGCGCAAUGAUGGUAGUCAUAUGAAAGGUGGCUGGCACAAUACCGUGUUGGUUAGGCUGUGGUACGGCCAUGGCCUUCCUGUGAUGGAGGCAUGCUGUACAAGGGGCCCCAAGUAUGGGUGAUCUUGGGCACCAAGCAAGACAUAUAUGAUUGUAUGAUAUGAUCGUACCAAUAUACUGCCAUGUAGUCGUUUGCCUUUUAUGCACGGGUAUACCAUGCCAAGCUCGGAACCUAGCACCAGCUAUGCCGAUGACAGCGAUGUAGAGCGAGCUGGACAAUAGUGCCAUCACCCGUGCUCGUCAGCUCGCAGGCCGCGCACAUGAUAAGUGGCGUUGCGUACGGCGUCUCAGGGUCGGUGGGGGCCAUGCCUGACAGCAGUGUGUGUUGGCACGCAUAGGCAUCACUGAAACGGCUACUUGUAAUUAGUUUCCCC